AUGGUGUUCCAUAUUCUGCCCAUCACGUUUGAGAUCUCCGUUGUCUGCGGUAUCCUCACGUACAACUACGGCGCCUCGUUUGCGGCCGUCACGCUGAUGACCAUGUUGGCGUACUCCGUCUUCACCAUAAGAACGACGGCCUGGCGAACCGGGUUCCGAAGACAGGCCAACAAGGCCGACCAGAAGGCUGCCAGCGUGGCGCUCGACUCGCUGAUCAACUACGAGUCGGUGAAAUACUUCAACAACGAGGGCUUCCAGUCGCAGAAGUACGACUCUGCGCUCAACAACUACAAAAACGCCUCGGUCAAGGUGGCCACGUCGCUCGCGUUUCUGAACUCCGGCCAGAACCUUAUCUUCACCACCGCGCUGACCGCAAUGAUGUACAUGGCCUGUCAAGGCGUGGCAGCAGGCUCUUUGACCGUGGGCGACCUGGUGCUCAUCAACCAGCUCGUGUUCCAGCUGUCCGUGCCGCUCAACUUUCUUGGUUCCGUCUACCGCGAGCUGAAACAGUCGCUGCUCGACAUGGAGUCGCUGUUCAACCUGCAGAAGGUGGACGUGAAGAUCAAAUCAAAGCCCAACGCUCCUCCGCUGGAGCUCAGGGGAGGAGAAAUCAAGUUUGAAAACGUGACCUUUGGCUACCAUCCGGACCGGCCGAUUUUGAAAAACUGCUCGUUCACGAUCCCUGCCGGCCAGAAGGUGGCCAUUGUGGGUCCGUCCGGGAGCGGAAAGUCAACAGUUCUUAGACUAGUGUUUCGGUUCUACGACGUCACCAGCGGAAGAAUUUUGAUCGACGGCCAGGACAUCAGAGACGUUGACCUGGACAAUCUACGAAGACACAUUGGCGUGGUCCCGCAGGACACGCCGCUUUUCAAUGACACUAUUUUGGAGAACCUCAGAUACGGUAAUUUGGCUGCCACCGACGAAGAGGUGGACGCGGUGAUCAAGAAGGUCAAGCUGGACACCCUAGUGCGCGACAUGCCAGAUGGCGUACGCACGAUCGUUGGAGAGCGUGGAAUGAUGAUCUCCGGAGGAGAAAAACAGAGACUUGCGAUCGGCAGACUACUUCUCAAAGAUGCUCCGAUUACGUUCUUUGACGAGGCAACGUCCGCUUUGGACACGCACACCGAGCAGGCUUUGCUGAAGACGAUCCGGACAGUGUUCAAAGAGAGCAACAAGACCAACGUCAGUAUCGCUCAUCGUCUGAGAACAAUCGCCGAUGCCGACAAGAUCAUUGUGCUUCGUAACGGAGAAGUUCUGGAGGAAGGUACCCACUACGAGCUUCUGGAACGUAAGCAGUCACUUUACAAGGAGCUGUGGAAUAUCCAGGAGAAUCUGAAUCUGGAAGAGGAGCUUGCUGAGGAGGAUAAGAAGGAGGAGGCCACAAUAGAGGGAAAAGCAUGA